AUGGACCCUCCUUCGAAGCCAGGCUCUCUCAAGGAUGGCGUUUUCAACGACAUUUCAACUUCCGAAGCCCUGAAUCUUUACCGCGUUGGUGAUGAUGAGGAGAUCAGUGAAGAGGAAGCCCGUGCCUUGAGAUGGAAACUCGACCUCCGACUGAUGCCGCUCCUUUGCCUGACAUACGCUUUGCAGUCGAUCGACAAGAACACUCUCAGCUACGCCGCCGUUUUUGGUCUCCGAGAAGACCUCGGCCUUAAAGGAACGGAGUACUCGUGGACUGGUGCUAUUUUCUAUCUAGGUUACAUGAUUUGGGAGUUCCCCACCAACCUCAUGUUGCAGCGGCUGCCGAUUAAUCGGUUCAUGUCCGGCACUGUUGUCCUCUGGGGCAUCGUUCUGAUAUGCCAUGGCGCCGUGGAAAAUUUCGCUAGCCUCGCUGCCGUUCGAACCCUGCUUGGUGUCUUCGAGGCCUCCAUCAACCCAGGAACCAUGCUCUUGUUCAGCAUGUACUAUACCCGCUCGGAGCAACCUUUGCGAAUGGGGAUCUGGAUUGGAUCCGCUGGGUUCGGCUACGUCAUUGCGGGCAUUGCUAGCUUUGGAAUUGGCCACAUCCAAUCUUCACUGGCUGCUUGGAGACUCAUGUUUAUCAUUUGGGGAUCGAUAACCGCCGCUUGGGGCCUUAUUCUGUGGCUUACCCUCCCUGAUGCUCCGACCCGCGCCAAGUUCCUAACAGAAAAGCAAAGGGCGCUUGUGGUGGGGCGCGUCAAAGAUAAUGGAACUGGUAUCGAGAACCGCAACUUCAAAAUGAAGCAGUUUAUGGAGGCAAUGCUAGAUCUCAAAACUUGGCUGCUGUUCCUAUUUGCAGUCACGAGCAACUCUCCGAAUGGAGGUCUGUCUGCUUUCCAAGGCCUUAUCAUCAAGGGUGCCGGCUUCAGUACCCUCCAAACCACUCUUCAUCAGAUGCCUUCUGGCGCAGUCCAACUUAUUGUCUGCCCUCUAGCUUGCUACUUUGCAACGCGGUUCUCCAACUGCCGUAUCCUCAUAAUGCUGCUUGCACUCAUCCCAUUCCUCGCGGGCAUUUUGGGCCUUCGACUUAUCCCAGAAGACGUACCCUACGGCCGCUUGGCAUGCCUGUGGAUCUCGUUUUCAUACACUGCAACCUGGACACUCAGCAUGUCGGUCGCCACCGCCAAUACAGCCGGCCAUACGAAGAAGAUUACCACAAACGCUAUGCUCCUGAUUGGGUAUUGCCUUGGCAACUUCGUUGGGCCGUUCUUCUUCAAGACUGAUCAAGCGCCCUUGUACCCGCUUGGCGUUGGAAUGAUGUUCUUCUGUGUUGCGGUUCAGAUAUUCUCCCUUGUGGCCAUCUGGGUGCUGCUCUGGUGCAGAAAUAAGUCCCGCCGGGACUUGCACGAGGCUUCAAACGAGAGGGAGGCUUGGGAAAGAGGAUUGUUGGACGAGACGGACCUAGAGAACAAGUACUUCAAGUACGUUUACUAG